AAGUUUUUAAUUCAAAGGCUUCUUUUUAUUUUCAUGUAGUUAUAUGUUUUGUUUUUUUUAUCAGACGAGGGCAUUGACCAUUUAACCAGUUACCUCCUUACAGUAAGUCCAGCCGGAGACUGCCAGACAGUGAGACUGUACACGCAAAGCUAUUGCCUUCUGCAUGGUGUUUGGUCACUGAGUUUAUUAGACUGCAAAUUUAUAGGUACAAUUUAAAUAUCUGUGCAUUAUAUGAAAGUUGUAUGAUAAAUAUAUUCUACUUUAGCAAAUUUGCUUCUUUAUCUUUAUCCUGGGCGACAGGUUAUGAUACAAAAGCAGAGGCAGACUUAUUGACACGGUGUGUAUGUUUGCUUUAUGCCAAUAUAACAUUAACCAGGGCAAACAGGAACCCUGAACUUGUAUUAAAGCAGCUCAGGCGAGACCGACCCAUCAGAACCUUGCUAGUGAGGCACAUCAAGAUCAAUGGGUUCCCAUCUACAGAUCAUAUUGCUUCUCACUGUCUUAUUGGCUAGAGAGGCCUUGUCGUGUUUUUGCGAUCACUAUCCAUGGACUUCCUGGUCCAGCUGUUCUCAGACAUGUGCUCAUGGAAUUCAGAGCAGAUCACGGACUAUGUCCUAUGAUGAUUACUACUCGAAAAAUAACUGUGGCGAAUCGUGCACAACCCAUGAGACCAGAUCAUGCAAUGAACAGGCCUGUCCAAUCAACUGCAAGCUUGGGGAUUAUGGUCCAUGGUCUGUUUGUGAUCCCUGCCUCAAAAAGCAAUUCCGCAUACGAGCUCUGGAGCGCCCGUCUCAGUUUGGUGGCGAGAGCUGCACAGAAUCAUUAGUCGAAUCCAGGACCUGUGUCCCUUCAAAACGUUGCAAAAUAGAGCAAUUAGACUGUAAAAAGAAAUUUAAAUGUGCCACAAACCGCUGUAUUCCCUUAAACCUGAGAUGCAAUGGAGACAAUGACUGUGGUGAUAAUUCUGAUGAGAGGGGUUGUCGAAAAAAAGUACAGAGAAUAUAUGAGAACAUACCUGGAGUUCAACUAAUGGGCAAUGGGUUUAAUAUUUUGUCUGGGGAGAGCAGGGGAGAGGUCCUUGACAACACAUUUUUUGGCGGAAAAAUGGAUAUCAUUUCAGGGAACGGCACAGCGCAGAACAGAAAGUUAUACCGUCUCCCAGCCAAUAUUGAUACUUUCAGAUUUAAUUUGGCAUAUGAACGAAAUGAUACAGUUUCGGCCACUUUACACAAGAGUUUAAUCCCAUUUAGUAGGGAAAACCAAAGGCAUGGAGCAUCUUCUGGAAGAGGAUACAGCUCCUCUGGAAUAUUCUUGUUAUGGCACACGGGAACAUCUUCAAGAAGUUGGUCAUCUUCCUCAUUCAGGGAGGCCGUAUCAGCCACAAAGCAAAAGAACUCUAACUUUAUAAGAAUCAAUAAAGUGAUCUCGGUGUCAGACUUCACAAUGAAGAAGAACAAUCUCUGGCUAUCGGAUGUCUUCCUAAAGGCACUUAAUAACCUACCUCUGGAAUAUAACUAUCCUCUUUAUAGCAGGAUAUUUGAUGAUUUUGGGACCCAUUACAUUACAGAAGGCUCCAUGGGUGGUUCCUAUGACCUUCUCUUUCAGUAUAGCGCAGAAGAUCUGCAAAGUUCAGGUUUAACUGACGAACAAGCAGUUUACUGCAUAGUGACCGAAAUUCGAAGACAAAAAUUCUUUUUUUUUUUUGAAACCGAAGUUAAACAUUCAUGCACAACCAAUAGGAUGACAGAGCGAUACUCCGGUUCAUUUCUGCAGUCAUCAGAAAAAUCCAUUUCCUUUGUAAAAGGCGGAAGAGCAGAAUUUGCUGCGAAAUUAGCAUGGCAGAAACAAGGUGCGUCUCCAGAUGAAAAGGUGUUCACAGAGUGGGUAGCAUCUACCGUGGACAAUCCAGAUGUGGUUGAAUAUAAACUGGCGCCGAUUCUGGAUAUAAUUACCGGAAUUCCCUGUGCCGUGACAAAGCGACGCAACCUUCUGAGAGCAUUUGCCACAUAUAUGGAGAAAUUUGACCCCUGCAUUUGUGCCGUUUGCCCCAAUAACGGCAGAGCUUUCCUUUCUGGCACUGAGUGUCUUUGCAUCUGUCAGCCAGGGACAUACGGCGAUAACUGUGAAAAGAGAGCCCCAGAUUAUACCUCAGUUGUAGUUGAUGGUGCCUGGGGCUGCUGGAAAGCAUGGAGCUCAUGUGAUGGAGCCUUAACCAGAAGAAGGACAAGGGAAUGUAACAACCCCUACCCGCGUAAUGGAGGAAAGCCUUGUGAGGGCGAGGCAACGCAGGAAGAAGACUGUAAUAUCUCACUGUUUGAAGAUACUGGAGCCCUAUGUAUUAACGAUGGAGAAGACAAAAAGGAAGUAGAUCUGGAACAGCCGGAACAUGAUAGUGGAUGCUCAAGCCCGGAACUGCCUGAAAAUACAUAUAUCAUAAAUGAAAAAAAAUGGUACUCUGUGGCUGAAGAGGUUGAACUACAGUGCGUUUCAGGAUAUGAACUAUCUGGGUAUCAGUUCCUUAGGUGCCUUCCUGAUGGUACAUGGAGGCAAGAAGAUGUGGAAUGCGUGAGAAUAACGUGUUCCAGGCCAGAAACAUCAGAAAAUGUUAAUAUAAUCUACUAUAAAAAAGAAUACAAAGUUGGAGAAAGCAUUGAAAUAAUAUGUCCAAGUGGUUUCAUUUCAUCGGGACAAAGAAAAUACACGUGUGAAAGCAGUCUGGAAUGGAACCCCCCUGUUGUGGGACAGCUCAGCUGCAUAGAAGACCCACAUAAAGCUAUUCAGGGGAACUGCAAUCAAGGGCAAAAGAAAACGGGAUCGGAGUGUGAGUGCAUGUCCCCGGGGACAGAUUGCGGUCAUUCCCCUGAGGAUCACUGCAUUUUUGAUACUGUUGCUAAGGAAGCCGUUUCAAUGUCCCGCUGCAAGUUUUUGGCUGAGAACUGCCUGAGUACAGGUCGGAUGCAUUUUCUGGAGAAAGGACCCUGCCAUAAUAACAAGCUUGACUGGUACCGUACCCGGGUGUCUUUGGCGCUGAACAGCACCAAGAAGGAGCCUUGUGGGGAUGAUAUCUGCUAUGAUUGGGAGGAAUGUUCAGGAUUUGAGUGCUUGUGCAUUCUCCCACGCCAGUGUCCUGCCGACAGCCCCCAGAUGUUCUGCGCCAAGUUUGGAAGAAGCAAAUCACAACGCUCCAUCAGCCUCUGUGCCCUCGCUGCCAUCAAAUGUACAGACAUAAAGGUUGAAGUGCUCCACAGUGGUGAAUGUGAUUCCUAACAGAGAUAUCUGGACUCACUUUAGCCUCAACAACUGCCUAAUGCCCUAAUGUUAUCUUUCCCACAGCAUACAGUACAGGUAUAGAACCCGUUAUCCAGAAUGCUUGGGACCAAGGGUAUUCUGGAUAAGGGGU